ACUCGCUUGAGCCAUCCCGGGCCCUUGCCCUGCAGCCAGGGGUUCUCCCUCUGUCCGUCCCUCGGCCCCGGCAGCCGAGCCGUGGCGGGGUGGCCGGCCCGCGCCGUUUGCACCGUGGCCGCCUCCUCUGAGGCGCUGCGAUGUACUGCAAGAAGUGGAGGCCUGUGGCGGAGAUGUGUCUCUUCCUCGAAGACGUGCGGGAGGGCUCGCGCAUCCUCUGCCUUUGCUCGCGGGCGUUUGUGGAAGAUCGGAAAUUGUACAAUUUGGGACUAAAAGGCUACUAUGUUAAAGACAAUGACAACAGUGCAGGAGAAAAAGCCACGGAAGAGGAGGAAGGCAGCCAUUCCCAGGGCCCUGCAAAGCCCCACGACAACAGAUGCCCAGACCCAGAUGAGAGUGAACUGGAUUCCGAGGCUGAACUCAUGAAGAGUAUGGGAUUGCCCCUUCAGUUUGGUAGGAUAUCCACACAUAAGAAUUUUGAGGAAUCUAUGAAUACUAGAAACAAAGUUAAAAUAAUGAAAAAGAAAAAGAAAAAACAUCAAAAGAAGUACUUAGAUGAAAUUAAGAGAGAAUCCUGGAGACAAUGUGAAGAAGAUGACAUUUCAGCUUCGGACGAUCCUUCUUCAUCUGAGAAUGAGAACACCAGAAAGUACAAACUUCAAAGCCAAAAAGACGUUGAGGCUGAAAGUUUUCCCAUUGAAAACACAGUAGGUCCAAAGCUGGAAAUUACAGAGAUGUGGGAAAAGUACUGGAAUGAAUACGGUGGAGGACUGCUGUGGCAAAGCUGGCAAGAGAAACAUGCCGAUCAGAUCCUGUGUCCAGAACCAUGGAAUGUUCCAGACACAAAGGAGGAGUGGGAGCAGCACUACAGUCAGAUGUAUUGGUACUAUCUGGAACAGUUUCAGUACUGGGAAGCUCAGGGCUGGACUUUUGAUGCCUCACAAAGCCAAGAUACAGACCCUAGUGGGUCUAAAAUAGAAGUUGACAACAAGAAAGACGAAAAUCACGUGAAAGCAGACGAACUUUUUUCUCCAUCUUUAUCCGUUGGCAGUGAAAGCUCUAGUUCAAGUGAUAAAGAUCACAGUGAAAUUCUCGAUGGAAUUAGUAACAUAAAUCUGAAUUCAGAGGAAGUAGAACAGAGACAACUAGAUAUUUCCCUAAGUUUUGAUGGACGUCAGUGUUUGAGUGAAGUUCCCAGCAGAAGAGAAUGCCCUGCUUCUGGCCACAGUGAACCGAGUCAUGGAGGAACCACGGAAACCAGCUCGUCUGGGAGCAGAAGUACAGACCAGCCAGCUCAGGAUUCACAGGAGUCCUCAGAAGCAAACACAGUCAGAGACGGACGCCACCCCAGUGGGACUGAUGGGGACGAUAGUGGAGACGAGCCGCCUGAAGAGAAGCGAAGCAAACUCAAGAGGAGUCAUGAGCUGGACCUCGAUGAAAACCCGGACUCAGACUUUGACAACGAUGGUUCUCUUCUAGGAUUCAAGCACGGCUCAGGGCAAAAAUAUGGAGGAAUUUCCAACUUCAGUCACCGGCGGGUCAGGUAUCUGCAGAAGAACAUGAAGCGGAAGUCAAAGUCCUUGGACAUGAGACGACAAAUCAAUAUGAAAAACAAGCACAUCUUCUUCACUGAAGAGUCAGAGAAAACUGGUUUUAAGAAAAGCAGAACUUUGAGUAAGGUAGAAAAAUUUCUAAAAUGGGUUAAUGAACCAGUGGAUGAGGAAGCGUUGCUGGAGUCGGUUUCUCAUAAAAACGUGCAAGACACUUGCACAAGCAGUGGCUCAGAGGAGCCAGAAGUGUCUGUUGAGAAGGGGGAUGACCCGGUGGAAACGAGUGAGGCAGAACCUGGACCGUGUCCUGCCGUGUGUCCAUCUGGGGAAGUGGGAGCAGAGAAGCAUGACGGGGCCAGCCCAGAAGCCACUGGGACAGAUACAGAGGGCUGUGUGCCCCAGGCUGCUUCGGACCCUCGCCAGGCAGAGGCUGAAGCUGAAAGUCAGAAGAAGAACAAGAAAAAGAAAAAGAAGAACAAAAAGGGACUGAAUCCACCCCCUGAGAUCGCUGCUGUGCCUGAGCUGGUGAAGUACUGGGCUCAGAGGUACAGGCUCUUCUCCCGUUUUGAUGAUGGGAUUAAAUUAGACAGAGAGGGCUGGUUUUCAGUUACUCCCGAGAAGAUUGCGGAGCAUAUCGCAGGCCGGGUCAGCCAGUCCUUGGAGAGUGGCACUGUGGUGGACGCCUUCUGUGGAGUUGGAGGAAAUACCAUUCAGUUUGCCCUAACUGGGAAGAGAGUGAUUGCCAUCGAUAUUGAUCCUGUUAAGAUCGAUCUUGCUCGCAAUAAUGCAGAAAUUUAUGGCGUAGUGGACAAGAUCGAGUUCAUCUGUGGAGAUUUCCUGCAGCUGGCUUCUAGUCUAACGGCCGACGUUGUAUUUCUCAGCCCACCUUGGGGGGGACCAGACUACGCCACUGCGAAGAUCUUUGACAUCAGCACCAUGAUGUCUCCUGAUGGCUUUGAAAUUUUCAGACUUUCCCAGAAGAUCACUAAAAAUAUCGUUUUUUUCCUUCCAAGAAAUGCUGAUGUCGACCAGGUGGCAUCCUUGGCUGGGCCUGGAGGGCAAGUGGAAAUAGAACAAAACUUUCUUAAUAAUAGAUUGAAGACAGUCACUGCUUAUUUUGGGGACCUGAUCCAAAGAUCAAUCUCUGAAUCAUAAGUGAGGUGGGACAGAGACCAAAAGAUCAUGUAGCAGUCAGAUUAUCAUUCACUGGAAUUUCUCUCUGUGCUCACUGAUGUUUUGUGCCCAGAGUCUAGUGGGUAUUUGUGCCCAAAUACACAUUUUCCCCCACUGGUGCAAUACUAUGUGAAGUUUGCUUUUAAGCAUCCAUUUAUUUUAUAGUUAGUGUUUUUUAGGUUUCUAUGGGAAAAAAUGAAAUAUAUUUUAUAAUGUAAAAGUUUAUAUUCUUUUUCUAUUAAAAUGUCAGUCAACAGAGGAAGAAUAUGUCUCUUAAUUAUUAACUAAAAAGUGUGUUCAGUCAUUUUUACAAGUAGGUUAGAAUUCAUGGACAUGGGGCUCUCUGGCCACUGGGGAUGUGGGACCUUUAUCUUCCAAUAAUACAGACGUAUUAAACAUUAAACAAAACAUGGCUUUGGCUGGGAUGGAGCCAGGGGAUUGAAAUAGAGAAUUUCCAGUAAAUAUUAGAAAAAAAUAACUUAAAUAAAAAGCAACUGGUGGAGAAUGGAGCAAUGCUAACUUUAGUCUCUUGAAACGUCACAAAGUUUGCCUGUUUGCCUUGCAGUAUGGGAGCAGUUGAACUGAUCAGUAAGGAUUAAAUUAAUUAAUUUUUAAUCUGCAACAUCAAAAUCUGUCAGCGUUCUAGGUUUUUAUACUUUUUCAUCAGGUAGCAUUAGUGUCUAUACCAUAAACUUGUCACCAUUUUUUAAACAAUGGCAGCAUUGGUCAUCCACAGCUCUGUACAUGGCCCUUAGCACUAGAAUAUGCUUAUUGGCCUCUUGGGGUAGGAGACGGGAGGGGUAAAAGCAGAUAUCCAAAAUCACCAAUUAUUUUUUAGUUUUUGUCACUUAAUCUUUCAUGCAUAUACUUUGUCCACAAUGCAUUUCCAUGCUUGUAUGUUGCUAUUGUUAAAAUUAAUUUGUCUUACUGAACAUAUAUGACCGUAUGCAAAUAGAACAGGAAGCGCCCGCUGAUGGCACAGAUAUAGCUGACUUAUAAAAUGACUCACUGAUAGAUUAUCAGUAGUCCAAAGAACUUAUCAAACAAUCCCAUUGUGCAAACAAAAUCUUCUUUAGAAGCCAAAU